AUGUCAAGCCUCCCUUGGCUCCCGCUAUGGACGCUCCGCAUGCAGGAUCCACCGAACUCGCAGCGGCAAGAGAUGAUUCAGCCUGUGCCCACAUUAAGAAUCAUGGGAUUCCUGCACGAUUCCUUGGAAUGCUAUAAGGCGUUGAGAGAGCAAGUCGUGCUCGCCGAGGCCGAGCUCAACGACCGGCUCGCUAUCUUCAAGUGA